AUGUUGUUGGUGCAUCAAGCUGGCAGUGUCCGUGUAGGAGAAGCAAUCAGAUACACAGUGACUUACACACCAAUAGCUGACAAUGUCCAUCCUCUUCCAGAUGCGCUACAUGUCAAAGUCAGAAACACAUCUGCCAUCCCAUUGCGAGCUGCAUACCUGCAUGGGCCAUAUACUCUUUAUACCUCCUGUUAUCCUUCCACAUUCAACCCUCACGCCCAUUCCGAUGAGGAGGAAAACGAGGGAAUCCCGCAGUUCGAGCCUUACCUUAAGGCAGGAGGGAGCUGGAAAGCAAUGAUCCCUAUACCGAAACGCCUGCGUCGAAUUCCGGAUAAGCCCGCAACACCCGACAGCCCUCAGAAAGUGACAUGGGUUAUCGAGAUAAUAUCGCAGGUUAUUUUCUCGACCACAGCUAUUGUCAAUUAUGAGCUACUCAUCGGCCGUGAUGAGGAAUCAGUAGAACUCCCCUAUAGUGGUGCGGUAUCGAUCGGCAGGCUUCACCAGGCAGCUCACCUGCAGGAUCAUGUAACGCCCACAAUGAAAGGCAGGCAAGUGCUUGCUACGAAGGGCGUUUUUUCGAGAGCCAUUUGUCUGCGUAUAGAUGACACCGCCAGCCUCUGGAAUAAGCCUCCUUUCCCGUCUGAAUAUGAUUCCGUUGACGGCACUGCAUGUCUGUCGAAUGAACCACCAACGAACGGGGAAUCAGCGGAAAGGGCCAACACAGACAGCACUCGACAAAACUGUGCGCGUCGAAAAAAAGUUCACCUUGUCGUCCUUACCCAUGGUCUACACAGCAAUCUUGGAGCAGACAUGCUUUACUUGAAAGAAAGCAUUGACGCUGCAACUAAGAAAACACAGAAAGUGGCAUCUUGCAAGUUGAGACAACAUGUGAAUUCGCAGGCUCCAGAUGGCUUCUCUUUUCUAGAUGGGUCCAAUCGCGACGAUGAGCCUGCCGAUCAAGACGAUAUCGAUGACGAACAAGUCAUAUAUCUCGGCAAGCGACUCGCGAAAUACGUCUUGUUCAUGACAUACCCAGAUCAACCGUACAGACCACUAAAGCAACCAAGAACUAAAACGUUCACUGAAUCACUCGGUGCGUGGAAGAGUGCAAAGGAAAAUGUUUUGCAUGACCCUUCUGAGCCUCGGACUCGUGCAGAUGAGGUAGACCACGAGCAUCGUUCCUAUCAGAUUACAAGUAUUAGCUUUAUCGGGCAUUCUCUUGGAGGUCUGAUUCAAACGUAUGCCAUUGCAUAUAUUCAGAAACACUCGCCUGAUUUCUUUAACCUGAUUCGCCCUGUCAACUUCAUCGCUCUGGCGACACCUUUCCUUGGGCUCAGCAAUGAGAACCCUAUGUAUGUCCGCUUUGCUCUCGAUCUCGGCCUUGUCGGCCGGACAGGGCAGGAUUUAGGGCUAAGCUGGACUGCCCCCAGAGUGCGAAGUGGGUGGGAGGCGAUAAUUGGCGGCAGGGGUACAUCUACAAAGCCACGGGAACAUGUAGACCAUGGACCUAAGCCUUUGCUAAGAGUACUUCCCUGUGGUCCAGCUCAUGAGGCGCUCUCUAAGUUUGACCGGCGCACGAUCUAUUCAAACGUGGUGAAUGAUGGAAUUGUGCCUUUGCGAACUUCAUGCCUGUUAUUUCUUGAUUGGAGAGGAUUGGAGCGCGUUGAGAAGGCAAGAAGGCAGAACGGUCUUGUUAGCACAAUGGCUGAAUGGGGAUGGGCAGAGUUGACCGGUGCUAAUUCGGUAUCGCCUCAAUCGGCUCAUUCUCCUACCGAUAGCAGUGUAUCGCCCGCCAGAAUUGACCAUCGCGAUAGCGGCAAGAGCAUUUCUUUGUCAGAAGAGACCCAAAGACAAAGACAAGCUGAAACAGUCCAAAAUGCUUCCAUUGUUGAUUCUCCGGUCUUAUCCACUGGCGAACCUGCAAGCCAUCCGCCCCAAGCAGAGCCAAGCGGCUCAAGACAGAAUCAGGGGGCUAAAAUGUCUUCCAUUCAGCCUUCACUCAACCCGCUGAGCGCGUUUUUCUCGAUUUUUCGGCCAAAAAGAGCAACCACUGUGCAUUCUAGGCAUAAGCAUACAAAAGUCUACAAGCGUAGUCAGACUCUGAGUACCACGUCUGGCUUCGCUCAGGUGGCGACCUCUGCACCGUUCCCCCUUGAAGAAUCUCUUUCGCGACACUCUUCUUACGAGGAAUCCGGGCUUAACGCUCCCCCAAGAACCACCUUUUUUGAAUCAGCCGGAGAUCUUCUCAUGCCACCUCUUCCACCGAUUCAGUUUAUUGUUGAUCCUGCUUCCAGGCCAAAGACAAUCUUUCAUGACCGUAUAUACUACCCUGAGGACAUACCUCCUCCUUUGUCUGCCAAGCGCAAGACGUUGCCUUUGAGCUCUUUUGAGAGUAAGGCUUCUGACGGUCCGCGUGACUCAGCAGGCUGCAUUGAAAGUCGGUCUAUAAAUGACGGAAAUGUGAUGCCCAGUGGUCUAAAGGUCGAGGAGAAAAUCGCCAGGGCUUAUCACCGUGAAAUGUCAUGGCGCAAGGUCCUUGUUCGCCUUGAACCAGAUGCUCACAAUAACAUUAUCGUGAGGCGAAUGUUCACAAAUGCGUACGGCUGGCCUGUAGUAAAGCAUCUCGUUGAUAGUCACUUUGGACAGGAUUCCCUGGGCGAGAGUCAGAAAGGUUCGGGAGAAAGCGUCCAGGAGGCACAUAUACCUGUGGAGACAACUUGCGAUACGGGUGGUGGAACACAGGCCCAGGCUGGUUUUUUGGAUGAAGAAACGACCUUUCCUGCAGGCCAUACGGCGCCGGUCAAUUUCUCAGCGAUGCAUAACCAAGCUACUCUCUGGUGA